AUGGAGGCGGAGCUGCAGCAGUUGGCGACGCUGCUGGAGGUGGAGGCCGAGAAGCUGGCGCCGCUGAGCUCGAAACAGGACGCUUGGGUCAAGGCGCUUCGUCAGCUGGCGGAGCAGGCGGUGCGCAGCGGCAUCGACUACAGGACUCUAGGAGUGGGCUGGCACCACCCAGCCACCCGUCUGGGCUACCGCUCUUCGCACCGGUCCAUCACCUGCCCGGCCUCGCGCAAGCGCGCGGAGGAGUCGCGGCAGCGUUUGUUGCGGCUGGUGGAGGAGGGCAGCUCCGGGCGCGUUUCUGGCGAGGACGCGGAGCGGAAACUGGUGGACGCCUUCCUCCUAGAGAUUGGCGCCAGUUCGAAAGUCGCCGAAGCGGCGACCUUUCGGGGUGUGUGUGACGCCCUGGAGGCGGAGCUGGUGCUACCGCUGCGUGCGCUCAACGAGGCAGAGCUGGCCAGGACGAUGCAAGGGCAGCCGCUGCCCAAGGAGGCUAUGCGCGGGAAGAUUCAGGAGCUCACGCGCGCGGCGCUGGGGGGCCCCGGGGCCUUCCGGCGAUGGCGCUACGGCAGCGCCGCGGGCGCCGAGCAGCUCCGGGGCCUCUCGGAGGAGCAGGUGAAGAGCUGGCAGAAGCCCACGUGCCUGGAGCACACCCGGUCUACCGGCCGCUUCUUCACCCAUGAGGAUCGCAGCGAGUUGGGCUUCUUUUGGGCCACAAAGAUUGGAGGCCCCUCCCACGGCUUCGAUUUCGAGACCCAGUGCAUUUUGCCGCUUCUGGCCAACGCCAGGCACAAGGUGAUCCUCCUGAGCGACCCCGCCUUCCAGCAUCACCCGGUGGGCCGCGCCCACUGGCGCCUGCUGUGGUCUGUGGGCCCAUACCCUGACGGGGCGCCUGGUGCUGCCGGCUCCCCAGAGCCACGGCUCUGGCUAGAGGCGGUCAACGCAGAUUUCGAGGCGUCGGUGCAAACCGACGGCUGGGAGGUGGCAUUUCUCAUCCACGCCAUGUCCAAAGCUGACGCGAUGAAUGUGCCCCUCUCUGUGGAUCCAGGCCUGGCGGACCUGCUGCAAAGGAUCAUCGACCACCACGCGUGCUCCCACGACGUGGUUGAGGUCUCGGAGCGGAUCCUGCUGCGGCCCAGCCACGCCAUCGUGGAAGCCUCGGAUUACCUAAGCUACGAGCACGACUGGGUGCAGGAGGAUGAGGAGAUCACGCACCCCAUUGCGCGGGCGCUGUACCUGCCGGGCCGGAAGCGACACCUGGAGGAAUGA